CGCUGAGCAGCCGGACCCGCGGGGACCCGAGGCACCGCGACCCGGAAGGCCGGCGGAGCCGGAAGGAGGGAGGGCGGAGCCAGGGCGGCCGUGGCCUGUGAGCGCCUCGCUGGCGCUGGCAGAGCGGAGCCGGCUGCGCGGAGCGGUGCUCAGUGUCCCCGCGGUCCCAGACGCCAGCACGGUAAAGGUGCGCGCGGGGAAGCCAGGGUCUGCGGAGCCGGUCGGGGACCCCACGGUGUCGGGCACACUGCUGUUCAUCUUCACGCAAAGGAACCGAGGCACGGACAGGCCGAGGUCUGCCGAGAUGCCCAUUGAGGUAGAUGACAUCAUGAAGCUCCUGUGUUCCAUUUCCCAUGAGAGGAAAAUGAAGGCAGCGGUCAAGCACUCUGGGAGGGGUGCCUUGGUUGCAGGGACAGUGGCUUUCGUCGGUGGUUUGGUUGGUGGCCCGCCAGGAAUUGCUCUUGGGGGGACUGUUGGGGGCCUGUUGGGGGCCUGGAUGACGAGUGGACAGUAUAAGCCGGUUCCUCAGAUCUUAAUGGAGCUGCCCCCUGCCGAACAGCAGAAACUCGUUAACGAAGCCACGGCCAUCAUCAGGAACUUGGACUGGACAGAUGCUAUACAGCUCACUGCUCUGGUCAUGAGCAACCAGGCCAUGCAGCAGAAGCUCUUGGCCAUGCUCGCCACCUAUGUCACCAAGGAGCUGCAGGCCGAGAUCCGCUAUGAUGACUAGGUCACUCUCCCUGGGGGAUGGGCCUGCAUUUGGAUGAUUCUACGACUCCCAGAAGGUGACCUGGGAAUGGGGGGUGCCUGGCAGGUGCGUUGAGAAACCUGCACGCCAUCAGCAUUAACUGUAAGCUGGAGUACAUCCUGUUGGACUGUCCUUCGCUGGAGAGGCUUCAGCCGUGCAUUGUGGGCUGUGUGUGCUAUGUUAAGGUCCAGGCUGUUGGCAUCCACAGACAGCUUAGGAGUCCUUCUGAUCCUGUGGGUCUAAAAGGAGUUCUCAGGUUGGCUGGCCAACUGUGCCGGGUGCGCCUUUUCUUGUGAAAGCACCUCUAGGUACCUGUGACAGGAUUGGAGGGUCUUGGGGGGUUCAGAGCCAGCUCUUGCCAGGAUUGUGCUUACCUGCUGAGUGUUCCCCUUCUUUGCCCAGGGACUUCCCAGUGGUCCCUACUUUGAGUGAAGCCACAAAUGCCAGGCAGUCCCCACCCUCUAUGUCCCAGGCUCUCUUGAGUAACUUUGGUUAAACUUCUAAAGUCUUUUGCCUUAUUAUGGAAAAUCAUGGCACUUAUUUAUCUUUUACUUUUUUUUUUUUUUGGUUUUUUGAGACAGGGUUUCUCUGUAGCUUUGGAGCCUGUCCUGGAACUAGCUCUUGUAGACCAGGCUGGCCUCGAACUCACAGAGGGAUCCACCUGUCUCUGCCUCCUGAGUGCUGGGAUUAAAGGCGUGCGCCACCACCAUCCAUAUCUUAUUUAUCUUUUACUUUUAUUGUUAAUUCUGGACCCUUUUAUUCUCUACACUUGUAGUCUAAGUUAAUUUCACUCUAUUUUUUUUUCUAUGUUGCCUGGACCGGCCUUGAAUUCCUGGUCUGUAGGCUGUGCCACUGUACCCAGCUUUACCUCAAAGACUGUUCUCACCACUGUAUCUAAGUUUGUUCUUCCAGGUUCUCUAUCCCAGCUCAGUUUCCUCCCCACACUAGCUGCAAUUUAUAAUUCACUUGUGUGGAAAGACAAAAUUAACAGUGAAUCAAGUUCAAAGAUCCUAACUGAUGCACACCCACAGUCCCAAGUAAGGGAAAGGUCAAAGCGGGAGCAUCCUUGAGCCCAGGAAUUGAAGACCAACCUGGACAACACGGAGGGGCUGGGAGAGAGAUAGAAGAUGGGGACAUAGCUCCUUACUUAGCUUUUAUUUACAGUCACAGAAUCAAGGUUCAGUGAGUGUUCUGAUGUGCUGGAGAGAGGAGCUCGACAGGAGACCAAGGGCGAACAGACACACCACCAGCACUGAGGUUAACCCCUGGGCAGGCACCUUAUUGCCCUGGAUGAAGCCAAGGAUUUGUCCAUCCUCUCCUUGAUUUCCCUAAGUCCACGGCUCAAUCCUGACAAGCAGCUUGUUUGGUGUUUGUUUUUCUUGUGAUGCUGUGGAUGGAGCACAGGGUCCUGCAUAUGCUAGGUAAAUACCACCCCUGGGCCCUGCGCCCAGCUCUCCCUUGGUAGAUCCAAGGCCAGCGCUAUAUGGCUAAGCCUGCUCCCAGCCCUUGAGUGGCUCAGUUUUGGUUUGGCCAGUUGGUCCCAGUGCUGGAUGACAUCAUAUACAUUUGAUUAAACAUUUGAUACUUCUUUUAUCCCCUGUUGGAGAUGGGCACUCAGGGAGCGCAGGAGCUAUGUGUCUUGGUCACCCUACCUAUCUCCAGCUUGCUCCUGCUUGACACCAUGGCUUUUAUGUGGUGGACACUCAAUAAAUAUUUAUCUUUAAAGCUA